ACCACCAUUUUCCGUGCAUUCAUCAAACCAAACCCACGCGUUUCUCGUGGGGUUUUAGUUACGUUCUUCCCACUCAUCACAGAACAAACCCUAAUUCCCCAAAUUCACUCCCUGGACAUGCUUCACUCCAAUUCCACCAAUCAAUGGGUGCCAUGGCCAUCAACCGCAAGCGCCCCCAAGACUGCAUGAACGUAAGCCGCGUCAUUUCCGAUUCCCCCGCUAAGCGCUCCAAAUUCUCGACCCGACCCGUUCCCUUCUUCGCCGCCGCCGCCAGACUCUCCCGGUACCCGGAGGCGAAGACGCCGCUGGCGAGGGAGGUUCACGCGCCGUGCAGGUCCCGAAGAUUGGAGCUUGCGAGGUCCUUCGCUAAGGUUAGUGUUAACGACGGCAUGGGGAACGUUCUGGCGGCGAAGUACGAGAAGGCGAAACGUUCGGCAUUGUCGAAAUGCAGGUUCGUGGUGGAGAAGGAGAAUGAGAAGGAGAAGGGGGUGAUCGACGUGGAUGCGACGGAGAGUGGAGAGCCUCGGUUAAGGAGUCGCGAGGAUUGGAGUGUGGAAGAGGCGCGUGGUGAUGGUGACGGCAAGGUUGGGGUUCGGGAACAGUCGACGGCGUCGUUUGACUCGGAGUUGACGAAUGAGGAGGUGAAGGUGGUGAGUGGAGGGAAGGUGUGGGGUUCCGAGACGCAUGAUCUUUCGAGUGUUCAUGUGUAUAGGAAGUUGCUUGAGAGUGUUGGGAGGAGAAGUGAUACUAUUAACAGGUUGGAUUUUGAGAUUGAGCUGAAUGAGAAGCGCGGGGAGACUCUUAAUUUGUUGCGGCAGAAGAAGGAAUUCGUUGAGGAACAGGAAGUGCCGCUAGAGCCUUUUGUCCCUCUUACAAGGGAGGAGGAAGAUGAGGUUGAGCGUGCCUUUUCUGCCAACCGGUGGACGAUCUUGGUUAGCCAUGAGAAUUCUAACAUUGAGAUCACGGGAGAGAAGUUUCAGUGCCUUAGGCCGACUGGAUGGUUAAACGAUGACGUGGUAAAUUUGUACAUGGCAUUGCUGAAAGAGAGGGAGCAAAGAGAACCACAGAAAUUUCUGAAAUGUCAUUUUUUCAAUACCUUUUUCUACAAAAAGUUAAUAAGUGGUAUAGAGGGUUAUGAUUACAAAUCUGUAAGAAGAUGGACAAGCCAACGGAAAUUGGGAUACAGUCUACUUGAAUGUGAUAAAAUAUUUGUACCUAUUCAUCAAAACAUACAUUGGUGCUUGGCAGUUAUCAAUAAGAGAGAUAAGACAUUCCAGUAUCUUGACUCAAUGAAAGGAGAGGAUAUAUCUGUGCUAGAUAAGCUGGCUCAAUAUUUUGUGGAUGAAGUAAAUGACAAGACUGGAAAAGAUAUUGAUGUAACUACCUGGGAAAAAGAAUGUGUGAAAGACCUUCCUAUGCAAAAAAAUGGUUAUGAUUGUGGGAUGUUUAUGAUCAAAUAUGCUGACUUUUACAGCAGGGGCCUGGAGCUAUGUUUUAGCCAGGAAAAUAUGUCUUACUUCCGGGUUAGGACAGCUAAGGAGAUCUUGAGAUUGAAAGCUGAAUGAGAAAAGGAAUGAGUGUGCUGCAUCUCAAUUCAUUGUCGAAAGCUCAAUUAUUGUCUAAAUGGCAGCGCUUGACGAAGGACCCUUCUUCACAUUUGGCAAUGUCUUUAUAACCAUUGUAGAGUUGGAGCAUUCUAGGCUUCGAAUUGGAUAUUGAAUUGACUAUACGUAUAGUCGUGGUUUUUGGAUCCAUCUGGUAGGUUGUAUAUUGCUAUACAAGAGUUAAUUAGUAGAUGAGGCAUAGUUUUAUGGUUAAUAUUUAAAUAAUAUUAUUAAAUACUUAAAAUCAUCCAUAAAAUAUAAUCAUUUCAAAGUGUAUUAGCAAUGUAUUUUUUAUCGC